AUGGAAGAAUUGAAGAAGCUGAAUAACAGGCUCAGAUCCCCGUUAGCAACAAUACUUGACAUCACCUGUCUCUAUACGCUCCUGGGUAGAGGCAACUUACGUACACGUUAUUCACUGCAUAAGCUGGCUGUCAAUAAUUAUCUCAAAUUCAGCAAAAACUCCAACUUCGGUACUGCAAUCUUCAAUGCCUAUCAAGACCUGCAGGCCGACGCGAACACCGUCCAAACCUGGACGGUCGAGAACACUCGAUUUUCGCAAUCUGUUACACCCAAAUAUAUUGAUUCAUUUUUGCUCCCGUCUGGGGGUGAUUACGUCGCUGUGGUCGCCAGCGACUCCAACGUCUAUACGCUGGACACAGACCAACGCUAUCCAACCUGGACUCUGAUUAAGAAUACCGUGAAUGUCGCUCCGCUGGCUGUGACCCCGUUCUAUACCUCCGACGGCGUACUACAGAUCGCAGCAUUAAUGUCUGACAGUCGCGUAUUUCUAAUAAAUCCGACCACUGGGACAUGGACUGCUGACGGCGCUGUUCACGUCGCCAGCCAGUCCGUUACAGACUUCAAAGUUUCCCAAAUCUUCGCUGGUAUUCAAGCUCGCGCUAAAUGGGGCUAUCUCCUGAGCGGAAAACUGUUCCUCGAUAGUACCUUUGAGUCGGGUGUUGCUACGGUCACCAGCAACGGACAAUUCUCUGCAAUCAGGACCAUUGCGAAGGGCACAUACAGCUCUCUCGCAUACGUAGCCGUCGAAAGCAGUAUAGCUCAGCCACUGAUUUUUGCGAUCAAUGAAGUCCAGCAGCCGACAUACUUCCAAGCCGACGGCACAGGCAAGUUCAAUAAGGUCCUCCCGUUCGGCACUACCGUCAAGUACACGAAGAUGGAUGCAGUGCGACGGACUGGACUGGAUGCAGACAACGUCUUCCUCGAGUGGAUCGAAAUAAUUGCCCAGGACGUAUCGGGCAACCUGUGGCAUGUUGGGUCCACUCCUGUCGAAGCUGAAUCUGGCCCAGACUCGCUUCCCAGCACGUCCAUUUCUGCCCUUCCGAAUGGCGACUACGCGGUGCAAAAGUGGACGGAUCCGUUGAUCAUCAGCGCGGCGCCCGUUUUGGGUUUCGCAUUCAGCAACUCCGGAGAUGGCUAUCGCUACCUUGUCAUGAUUACGUCGGGCGGAUUGGGGCAAAGCGUGGAUGCGGACGUUGACGUUCAAACUGCGCAGACGAGCGUGUUAAGCACGCUCGUGCAAGAUCCAGCAACGACGGACUGGACCGCAACCCAGGUGACGUCGACGAGUGUCGACUUGCCUGAUGCAGAGAAGCAGGCGGUAUGGUACGUUGAAGUCGCCGUCACCGACUCGAAUCGCAUCCAGAUGCCAGGUCUCACCGCUGUUGUCAAUGCGGUGGAGUACGCUGAAAUCGAUAUCAAUGGAAUCACGACUUCCGUGGAUGCCGUGCGUUCAUACACGACUGUUACAAACGCACAAGGGAAGGUAUGCUUUACGGCUACCGCCAAUGACGACCUGAGUUGCCCGACCUUUACGCUGUGGGUCGAAGGCAUGGAGGCGGAGCACCGUGUUGACAUCCAGGCAACGGGAGACCUGGAGACUAAGUUCGCUAAUAUCACUAUAGAAGGGCUCAAAGAAGCGAAGGACCAGACAACCGGCGCAUCCCUUUUCGCCAGUCUACCUGAGCCUGUUCUCACCGAUAUGGCCAGCGCCUUGAACAACUCUAUGGAGUCAUUUUCAUCGAAGCAGGUUGAGCUCGGGAAUGAGGUUCUGGGAUCAAUCUCGAGGCGAUACAUCCAUCCGAGGACGCGUUCCGGCAUCGCGCGCACACGCAAGCGUCAUGAGAGAUCUCUUGGACACAUUCAUGGCAAUUCUGGCCGGGCGUUCCACUUGAAGCUCCGACCUACGCUGUCCGUCGAGAAUCUAUCUCAGGAAGAGGCCCAGCGCCGAAUCGACGAGAAGCUAGCCACGCUUCCUGGAUUCCUCUCUUCUUGGGGAGCCAUCUUCCGCGCUGCCAAGACCGCUAUCGUAAAUAUCGUCGAUGUCGUUGUCACCGGGAUCAAAAACGCAGCAAAGGCGGUGAUCACAUUCAUCAAGGACGGUGUUGGCAAGUUAGGAUGCAAAUCUGAGUAUGUCUGGCAGGGAAUAGCAAGCUUCGUACAACAAGGAUUUGACCUUGUCAAAUCUGUCUUCGAUGCGGUCAAGUGUACAUUCCAGAAGCUCUUCAACUGGUUGGCAUUCCUCCUGAACUGGGAUGAUAUCAAGAAUACUGCUGCAGGCUUCCGUCAGAAGAUGCUUACUUUCGUGGAGAAUGCGAAAGACUGCUUCCGCAACCGGAUACCACCACUGGUCGAUGUUUUCUUCGCUCAUGUAAAGGACUGGCUCUCAGCGCACUUCGAUAGCGUGAUAGAGCAGAUGAAUGGUGUCGCUAUUGGAACAUACGACAACGACAACGACAUAACUGAAACUGGAUAUUCUGUCUCGAGUUUCAUCGAGAAUCUCCCGUCGACUGCGACAUGGCUGUUGAACAAGAUAUUCAACGCUCCAGGCGGUGACAUGGGCAACAGCCUCCCAAACCUGGACCCUCUGAUUUCAGUGUGGCAGGCCUUCUCGAACGCUGUGGCCGCCUCGGACAUUUCUGAUGAUCUGAAGAAUGCCAUGAUCAGCGUAACCACUUUUCUCAAGUCACUAACCACCCGCGGGCUCAUAGACGGUAAAACCAUCGGCGACUUGCUAGCCGUGUUCAAGAAUGCUCUCAUCCUGUUGAUCGAUGUGGCGCACAUCCUCACGGACGCGUUCCUUGCUUUGGCCAGUGGUGUCUUAAAUUUCAUCGUUGCAAUAUUCGACAUGCCAAUCAGGAUCCCUAUCCUAAGCAAGAUCUUCGAUGCCCUUGGCUGGAAAUCCUUGACGCUGUGGGAAAUCGUAUUCGUUCCGCUCUCUAUACCGUUCACUAUAGCAUACAAAGCCAUUGCAGGAGUCGCGCCGUUCAAAGCGACAAGUAUCGAAGAGCAAUAUCACCUGCAAGUUGCAGCGGGCGCGCCCGACGGCACGACUCUCGCAUUGGGACUCCUCCGCCGCUUAUGGGCCGCACCGGAUAUCUUCUUGGAUGUGCUUGCCAUCAACUCAUAUGGAAAGGCCAACCUGAUAGAUUUCGGUGGCGACGCCCUGAAGCGGGUCACCAACGGAUUUGGACUCGGGAUGCCCAUCCUUUUCGUGGCGCUGAAUCCCUUUCCCACUGUGUGGACAGGAGGGACUGAUGCUGACAAGCGUGCUGUUGCUGCUUGGGUGCUACAAGCGGCUCCCGUGCUGUAUACCGGGGCUAUCAUGGCUUCCGAGAGAAUGCUUAAGGGCCCGCGCAAUGCUCAGGCCCCUCCUUUCUGGCGACCGAUUGUGCUAUCCGUCCUGGGCUUGUUCGAAUGGGCUUCGCCCAUCUGGCAUUGUUAUAAUAUGUAUCACGGUCUGGAGCCCAACAACGACUCGACCCGAGCGCAUCUGGCAGGGGAGUUCCUGUCUCCGGUGUCCAACAUCGCGAAAUUCCUGGCGAUUACCAAAAACCCCAUAGGGCCCGUGGCGAUUAUCCUGUACAUCUGUGACGGUGCUUCAGAUGUUGGAUCUGGGGAUGCCUACACAAUUUCGUACAUAAUCGCAUCUAAGACGGAAGAUGCGCAAGACGUGCCUCAGAGGCUCGCUCUACGUGAUUAG